GUUGGUAAUAGUGAAAUAUUCAAGUUUACCUUCUGCUUUUGAUUUUGAUUCUCAAAUUAUUGCAAUUUGCGUUUCCACAUUCAAAGUUUCCAGUUGUGUUUUUGCAAAGAAUACAUAAUUUUAAAUAGGUUAUGACCAUUGAAAUUAUUGUACAUCUAUCUGAAGUGUAAAUUAAAAUGGUUUUAAACAAAGAAUACAGGAUAUGCAUGCCAUUGACUGUGGAAGAGGCCUACAUCAACCGUAACAGCAGAAGCAUGCUGAUGCCGCAUCUACAUAUUGGCUCAACGAAGGCCAACGUUGUCCUGCGCCAAUGUGUGGAUGAGUGGUAUGCCAACAGUGGCUACCGCUGGCCUUCAUCGGGCACAGGUCGAAUCGCAGGCUGGGCCAGCGAAUGGGUCAAGUGUGGACUAGGCAUAAAUGCUUUACUCUAUGACCGCUUCGUUGUCAAUGACCAUCGUUUGCCAUACUGGGUCCAGUCAUUCCUUCCCAAAGUGUUCUACGUGACCGAAAAAGCUUGGAACUAUUACCCCUUCACAAUAACAGAAUACACAUGCUCAUUCAUCCCCAAAUUUAUCAUAUCAAUUCAGACCAAGUUUGAAAACAACAAUGGGUCUUCUGAAAAUUGUUUAAAUUUGGACGAAGAGGAGCUUAAAAGUAGGACUGUGGAAUUCGUUGACAUUGCUUAUGAUGAAGUACCUUUGAAAAGUUACAAAGAAGAAGAGGAUCCUCGUUUCUUCGUUUCAAAAGAAACCGGACGCGGACCUUUAGCUGAGGGAUGGCGAGAGAAUACAUUACCAAUCAUGUGCUCAUACAAGUAUGUGAGUGCAUCAUUCGAAGUGUGGGGACUACAGACCAAAGCAGAAGAUCUUAUACAUAAAUCGAUAAGAGACAUCCUGCUGCUGGGGCAUCGGCAGGCAUUCGCAUGGAUCGACGAGUGGAUCAACAUGAGCCUGGUCGACGUCAGGGGCUACGAGAGUGAAAUGCACCGAAAGACAAACAGCAAAGUGGCCGACAACUUGCCUACUCCCACCACCCCUGCUCCCACCCCUACCUCCCCCAAAACGCCAACUACCCCUACCAGUGCCCUAGCUUCGCCUAAAUCCUGGUUUUCAUGGUCUUAAUCGAUGUAAGCCACAAUCCCGCAUCGCAUCACUAUACUGUCAAACAGUUACGUCUAGUUGUCUAUAUUAUUAUAAAUAUUUCAAUAAACUUCCAUAAUCUAUUGGAUGUUCUAUUUACUAAAGGCUGGUUGCACAAACCACGAUCAAAUCUCAAUCUAAUCAUUUGUAACGGUUGGUGGCAACCGGACAAUUUAGAGGUAUAUUGCUAAAUGUGUUGAUGUCAUCAAAUGACAUCAAUGUUUUCCAUUCGUGAUUUAGUUAAGACCAAUGAACAAUGAUAAUUAGGUCCCGGUUAGUGCAGCCUGGCAAUUUAGAGGUCUAUUGCUAAAUGUGUUGUUGAUGUCAUCAAAUGACUUAUCAAUGUUUUCCAUUCGUGGUUUAGUUAAAGACUACCGUAAUUAACAAUGCGUCAUAUUCAUGUUUGCUUCCAACUUUUACUACUAUUAUAAACUGUUUUAAGCUUUAUUAGCGUUAAAGGUAAAUAGUGUUGAAACAUGCUCUAAAACAUGAAUUCUGUUGCCCAACAAAGAAUUUUUGUAACGGUGACAUGGACUUUUAAAAAGUGUCUACUAGGAAUGUCUGCAGACAGACACAUGUCUACAACUUGUCUGUUGAAAUGUAAUUUUUACAAGAAGGAGUACUGUAUUGAGUUGUUGAUAUUCAAAUCGUAAUAUAUUUAUUACAAUAGAGUUUUCUUGUUAUCGAUAAAAUCCAAAGCAGUCAAAUAAUUCAAAAAACAGUCUAAAUUUAUAACAAUGUGGGUUGUCGAAAAGUUAUAUGGCCUACGAGAGUAAUAAUUGUUAAAAUUAUCAAUUUUGUUCAUAUACAUCUAAACUAGUUUUAAUCCGUUAACACCGAUCAAAUCUCACUUCUUUAAUAUGAAGUAAUUUCUUAUAAGUAUAGGUAUGCUCCAUUAGGGUACAUGUUAAUGUAAUCUUACGACUCACACAUUACUUUUAUCAUUGUUAUAAAGACUUAAUAGUAGAUGGUUAAACUAGAAUUUCGACUUGAUUAAAUUCAUUUCUGGGUUUUGGUGAAGGCCUAUUACAACGUACAAGGUUGUACGAUUUGAAUUGAAAGAUUUUUUAAUCUUUUUUAUUAAUUAGGUACGUCCAAAAAUGAAAGUAGGUAAUAUAGGACAUGUAAAUUGGUACUAUAUAUUCUUGAAAUGAGAUUGCCAUUAUUAAAUUGGGAUGGAUCAUACUGUUAUUUUUUUCCUAUUAUAGAAUAUAUAUUAUAAUAUGGGCGUUCAACUGUAGGCUUUUAUGUCGACUUUAUCUGAAAAAAUAGAAAUCAUACAAUGAAAACACUAAUUUGAAAUUGUUAACCACUUUUUCGCCGAUAAAAAGUAAUUGACAAUUUCAUAUUAGUAGUGUUUUCAGUAUGGAAAAGUACCACAAUAUCACUCACAACACAACUGUAAAGAAAUCAUAUAGUCCUAUUCAAGUUUUAAAAUGCUAUCUACUUAUUUUAGUAAGUGUAUAAUAACCAAUUACCGAAUGUAAAAUUUGAACAAAUUUGGUAAAAGUAGGCUACUGGUAAUAUACAUCAUAUUUUAGGGGGCCAAACAAUAAUUUCACAACGAAUACCUAGACUACUAUUCAACUCAGGUACUGUAAUAUUUUGUUCAACAGAAAAUAUUUUCUGGAUAUAAGUCAUUAUUAAAAAAUAAUUUGAAAUACACUGAUUCGGUUGUCAAUCAUUCUACUCUAUAAAGCAAAUUUUGAGGACUGCAGUUUCAUGAUGACCAAUUCAUUUUCACCCGUGUUGACAACAGAAUUAGUGACUUUUUAUAAUAUAAAGAAGUUUCACAACAUAAAUGAUAUGUAUUUGACAAAUCUCAUAUCUUGUAAAAUUAUAAUUUUAUUAGUAAAAUCUAUCUAUCUAUGUAAAAUCUAAAUAUCUUAUAAAAUUAUAAUUUUAUGAGUAUAAUCUAUAAUAUUCCAACUUUCUUCAUGUCGGUUUUUUGGGAAUCUAUUGUUUCAGAUUUGCGCAAAUUUUGUAUUUAGUUUUAAUUGUAUUUACUGUGUAGUUUCUGUUUUAUAAUUUUGUAUUAUAAAGGUGUUGAUAGGUUUUGAUUGUUAAGGUUAUCGAACUACUCAAUUUUAGAUUGCAGUAGAUCAGAUAAUAAGGUAAAAUUGAAUUGUUGUUACUGUAUAUACAUAUAUAAAAUAUUGUUAAAAUUUAAAAAUAUGUUGAAUAAAUCAAUAAUGUAGUAAAUCUUUCAA